AUGGAAGACAAGGAACUAUCUGAUGAAGAAGGAUCUGGAGAUGGAGAUUCAGAGGGCCUGGGCCUGGAGGAAUCAGAGGAAGAGGAAUCAAGUGCUGCUGAGGAAGAGGAUGCUGAGGAUGAUGUUCCCCCUGAGAUGAGCAAUCUGAACCAGAAAAGUGGCAGAAGGUGUUCUCAAGAAAUGCCAAGGUUCAGUUUCCAGAACAUUAGUGAUUUUGAGAAAUUUACGGAAGGAAUGGAUGACCUUGGGAGCAGUGAGGAGGAGGAAGAUGAAGGGGAAGAGAGUGGCAUGGAAGAAGGAGAUGUUGAGGAAGACUUAGAAGUUAAGAGUGAGGAAGACAGGGAAGAAGACAAAAACAGUGAAGAUGAUGGUGUGGUGAUGACCUUCUCCAAUGUCAAAGUUUCUGAGGAAGUGGAGAAAGGAAGAGCUGUGAAGAAUCAGAUAGCAUUGUGGGACCAGCUCUUGGAAGGAAGGAUCAAACUACAAAAAGCUCUGUUGACAACCAAUCAGUUGCCUCAACCAGAUGUUUUCCCUGUCUUCAAGGACAAAGGUGGCCCAGAAUUUGCCAGUGCACUAAAAAAUAGUAAGAAUACUCAUAUCAUUUUUGGGGUGUACUGGGUGUUGGAAUGA